GCAGCAGCAGUGAGACUGUUAAGUCAUGUUUCCUGAUGUUUCGAGGACAAACAGCACCAGAACUCCAUGAACUGCAAAACCAGAGGAAGUGUGGCCGCUGUCCCCACCUCUGCUUUUCCUUCUCUACUGUGACGUUCUUCUUGGGACCUCUGAUUUCAUCCCCACUGAGCGUGCAGGGAAGGGCCUCAGGAAGAGAGCUGAGGAAGCAGUGUGCGGACCAGGGGGAGCCAUGGCCCUCAGCUCUUACAUCCUUCACUUCUUCUAUAAGUUCAAAGUGUUGCUGCUUGUCACUUUGUGUUUGAUGGUGCUUUGGGCCACACUCAGUUACAUCAUGGACUCUAGACAGGCCAUUCCUAAAGCUAAGGGCAUGGUGGAAAAUUUCAGGAAGGUAAUCAGCCUGGAGGAGGAAGAGGACAGUGAGAAGGAGAAGACCAAAGCAACUUUGAAGGCUCCCACAGUGCAGUCAUCUCAGGGUCACUGCCCAGCUCUCUCUCCAUACCUGCGAGGUGCCAGCAAACUCACCUUCAAAGCAUCCCUCACACUGGAAGAAGUAGAGCAGGAGAACCCUCAGGUGGCCAGGGGCCGGUAUCGCCCCAGGGAGUGCUCCGCACUGCAGCAGGUGGCCAUCCUCAUCCCGCACCGCAACCGAGAGCGGCACCUGCUCUACCUCCUGCAGCACCUCCACCCCUUCCUGCAGAGGCAGCAGCUGGACUACGGCAUCUACGUGAUCCACCAGGCUGGAAGCACAAAGUUUAAUCGAGCUAAGCUGUUGAAUGUGGGAUACCUAGAAGCCCUGAAAGAGGAGAACUGGGACUGCUUCAUUUUCCAUGAUGUCGAUCUGGUGCCAGAGAAUGACUUUAAUAUUUACAUGUGUGACAGGCAACCGAAGCACCUUGUAGUUGGCAGGAACAAUACUGGCUACAGGUUACGUUACCAGGGAUAUUUUGGAGGUGUAACUGCUCUGACGAGAGAACAGUUUUCCAAGGUGAAUGGAUUCUCUAACAACUACUGGGGUUGGGGUGGAGAAGAUGAUGACCUUCGAAUCAGGGUUGAGAUGCAGAAGAUGCGCGUGAUGAGGCCGUCCCCUGACGUAGCCCGGUACACAAUGAUCUUUCACACUCGAGACCAGGGCAAUGAAGAAAAUGGAGAGAGGAUGAAGCUUUUACGCCAGGUGUCUAGAAUGUGGAAAACAGAUGGGCUGAAUUCUUGCUCAUAUAAGUUGCUGUCGGUGGAACACAACCCGUUAUACAUCAACAUCACAGUGGAUUUCAGCACACAGCCUAAGACCUCGUAAGGGUGCGCACGACCCAGGCUCUAGGAGAUGGGGACAGACCUGCUGUUUGUGGUAGCUGGCACAGCAGCUGAAUCCCAGCAGUCUACUUGAACCAGUACUUCAGUAGCACAGAGGAAAAUUUUUCUUCACGGCACCUAAUUGAUUGGUUCAGAAUUUCCUUUUGUGAGGACUGGAGAUAUGGACUGGCCUUAGGGACAGUGCCUGGUGUUCUUCUAUGCACUUUCUGCUGGGACACAUAUAAAAGCUUCUUUGUUUUGGCUGGUCCGGUGGAAGGACUUGAAUUGUGCCCCCUGAAACAUUUUUGCUCUC